CCACCAGGCAUUCUGAAUAAAGCAAGCGAGUGAUACACAAGCAAAUACACAAGCGAUUUUUACAAGCUAAAUUGUAUAACUAUUUUAUAAAUUCUAUUGUGCGAUUAAUAUUUCUGUGUUUUUUUGAAUUUUUCGUGUGAAGGCGUGAUAUUUACAAGAUGCCUGAAGAAAUGCAAACUGAACAACCUCAAGGCGAUGUCGAAACCUUCGCGUUUCAAGCCGAAAUCGCCCAAUUGAUGUCAUUGAUCAUCAACACAUUCUAUUCCAACAAAGAAAUUUUCCUUCGAGAAUUAAUUUCCAACUCAUCUGAUGCUCUUGAUAAAAUUCGAUAUGAAUCAUUAACCGACCCAUCAAAAUUGGAAUCCGGCAAAGAAUUAUUCAUCAAAAUUAUUCCAAACAAAACUGAAGGCACAUUAACCAUCAUUGAUACCGGUAUUGGUAUGACCAAAGCCGAUUUAGUCAACAACCUUGGUACAAUCGCCAAAUCAGGAACUAAAGCUUUCAUGGAAGCCUUACAAGCUGGUGCUGAUAUUUCUAUGAUUGGUCAAUUUGGUGUUGGUUUCUACUCAGCAUACUUGGUUGCCGACAAAGUUACAGUAUCAUCAAAACAUAAUGAUGAUGAACAAUACAUUUGGGAAUCAUCCGCUGGCGGUUCAUUCACAAUCCGUACAGAUAAUGGAGAGCCAUUAGGUCGUGGUACCAAAAUCAUUUUACACAUCAAAGAAGAUCAAACCGAAUUCUUAGAAGAAAACAAAAUUAAAGAAAUCGUCAAGAAACACUCACAAUUCAUUGGCUAUCCAAUCAAGCUUGUUGUAGAAAAAGAACGUGAAAAGGAAUUGAGUGAUGAUGAAGCAGAAGAAGAAAAGAAAGAAGAUGAAGCUCAAGAUGAAGAUAAACCAAAGAUUGAAGAUGUAGGUGAAGAUGAAGACGAAGAUGCUAACAAAGAAAAGAAAAAGAAGAAAAAAACCAUCAAAGAAAAAUACAUUGAUGAUGAAGAACUUAACAAAACUAAACCAAUCUGGACAAGAAACCCAGAUGAUAUUAGCCAAGAAGAAUACGGUGAAUUCUACAAAUCAUUAACCAAUGAUUGGGAAGAUCAUUUAGCCGUCAAACAUUUCUCAGUUGAAGGUCAACUUGAAUUCCGUGCUCUAUUGUUCGUACCACGUCGUAUGCCAUUCGAUCUCUUUGAAAAUAAGAAACGUAAAAAUAACAUCAAAUUGUACGUACGACGUGUAUUCAUCAUGGACAACUGCGAAGAAUUAAUCCCUGAAUACUUGAACUUCAUGAAGGGUGUUGUAGACAGUGAAGAUUUACCGUUGAACAUUUCUCGUGAAAUGUUACAACAAAACAAAAUUUUGAAAGUCAUCCGUAAGAAUCUCGUAAAGAAAUGUUUGGAACUUUUCGAAGAAUUAACUGAAAACAAAGAUGAAUUCAAGAAAUUCUACGAACAAUUCAGCAAAAAUAUCAAACUUGGAAUCCACGAAGACAGUCAAAACCGUGCUCGUCUAUCAGAACUCCUUCGUUUCCACACAUCAGCAUCUGGAGAUGAAGCUUGUUCAUUGAAGGAAUACGUCAGUCGCAUGAAGGAAAACCAAAAACACAUUUACUUCAUCACUGGUGAAAGCAAGGAACAAGUAUCCAACUCAUCAUUCGUUGAACGAGUGAAGAAGCGUGGUUUCGAAGUUGUUUACAUGAUUGACCCAAUUGAUGAAUACGUCGUCCAACAAAUGAAAGAAUACAAUGGCAAACAAUUAGUUUCUGUCACCAAAGAAGGUCUUGAAUUACCUGAAGAUGAAGCCGAAAAGAAGAAACGUGAAGAAGACAAAGCCAAAUUCGAAGGUUUAUGCAAAGUAAUGAAGGACAUCUUAGACAGUAAAGUAGAAAAAGUUGUUGUCAGUAACCGUUUAGUUGAAUCACCAUGUUGUAUUGUAACAUCUCAAUAUGGUUGGUCCGCAAAUAUGGAACGUAUCAUGAAAGCUCAAGCACUUCGUGACAAUUCAACAAUGGGUUACAUGGCGGCCAAGAAACACUUAGAAGUUAAUCCAGAUCAUCCAGUAAUCGAUACCCUUAGACAAAAAAUUGAUGCCGAUAAGAAUGAUAAAUCUGUAAAAGAUUUAGUCAUCUUAUUAUUCGAAACAGCUUUAUUAUCAUCUGGAUUCACCUUACCAGAACCACAAGUGCAUGCUGCACGAAUUUACCGUAUGAUUAAAUUAGGUUUAGGUAUUGAUGAAGAUGAACCAAUGGCCGUUGAAGACAUCAACCCAGAUGUACCACCAGCAGAAGGUGCAGACACUGAAGAUGCAUCUCGAAUGGAAGAAGUAGAUUAAAUUAAUUUUGACUGAUCUAGUUUUUUUCUAAUUUAUAAUUUUUUAGGAUUUUUUUUAAUUCUUUAAAAUUUUCGUUUUCAUUUUUUCAUUCAAAUUUUUUUUUCAUAAUUUCCACAAAAUCAUUUGCGUCGUUUUGCGUAUUCAUUAUUUUUGUAAUACUGAUCUUCAAUUCAAAUAAAAUCAUUCCUAUUUAUUGUACAUACUAUGUAAAUAUAGGAUUUAAGUUUGUUUACAAUAAAUAAAAAUGGAAUUCCAUCAAUAGUAAAA